AUAUAUUAUAUUUUCGACUGUACAAUAUAUUUUUAGAAAUAACAAUUCAUAAAACGAAAUUAUAAAGAAAGAUUCGGAGCUGCCAUCUGUUAAUAGCCGUUUUUGUAUAAAAAUCAUUUCGCUGGAAUAUUAUAUAGACACACAUCCGAGAUUAUAAACAUGUAUACUCUUGGUCUUAACAGUGUGAAACAAUUGAUUAAUAGUUAUUUUAAAAGCAAAGAACCAUGGCAAAUAGUAGCUAUAACAAGUACAACUAUCCUUACUUCAAUCUGGUUAUGGAAUUUUAUUUUUCAAGAUGAAAGUCUUACAGAAAGAGCAAAGAAGAAAUUAUUUAAUUUAAUGCAUUUUAUACCUGCUAUUAGAAAUAAAAUUGAUCAAGAAUUAGAUAAUAUUAAUCAGAUAUUUGAAAAAGAAACUUUACAGAGAUUAAAAAAAGUUCCUUUUGUUGUAAAACUUCCAGAAAAAGGCUUGAAACCAAAAGAAGUAUUAGAAAGAGUAAAACAAUGUGUUCAAUUAGGUGAUUACAAUUGGAAAGAUGGUAAAGUAUCUGGAGCUAUAUACAGAGUUGAUAUCAAUCUCUUACAAUUAAUGGGAGAUAUUUAUAGCAUUGCAUCAUAUACAAACCCAUUACAUCCUGAUGUUUUUCCUGGUAUAUGCAAGAUGGAAGCAGAAGUGGUUAAAAUAGCUUGCAAUUUAUUCCAUGGGGAUAAUGCUUCUUGUGGUACUAUGACUAGUGGUGGUACAGAAUCAAUUUUAUUGGCAUGUAAAACAUACAGAGAUUAUGCAAGACACGUAAAAGGUAUAAAAAAUCCUGAAAUAAUAAUGCCAGUAACAGCACAUUCUGCUUUUGAUAAAGCUGCUCAGUACUUAAAACUUAAAGUACGUUCUGUACCUGUUGAUCAACAUAGUUAUACUGUUUGUAUUAAAUCUAUGGAAAAAGCUAUUACAAGAAAUACAAUAAUGUUAGUAGGAUCAGCACCAAAUUUUCCAUAUGGAACAAUGGAUAAUAUUCAAGCAAUCUCUGACUUAGGAGUAAAGUACAACAUCCCUGUUCAUGUCGAUGCUUGUCUUGGUGGAUUUUUAAUAUGUUUUAUGAAAAAUGCAGGCUUUGAUAUAUCACCUUUUGACUUCAAACUUUCUGGAGUCACAAGUAUAUCAGCUGAUACACAUAAAUAUGCUUAUGCUCCAAAAGGUUCUUCACUUAUUCUUUAUAGAAAUAAGAAGAUAAGACAUUAUCAGUACACCAUAACUACUGAUUGGCCUGGUGGUAUUUAUGGCUCUCCAACUGUAAGUGGUUCAAGAGCUGGUGGAGUCAUAGCAUCGUGUUGGGCCACAUUAAUGUAUUUUGGUUAUAAUGAAUAUUUAGAAUCAACAAAAAAAAUUAUAAAAACUACUAGAUAUAUUGAACAAAGAUUGAGAAAAUUAAAAGGAAUAUUUAUUUUUGGUACACCUGCUACAUCAGUUAUCGCAUUAGGAUCAAAUGAUUUUCAUAUUUAUAAACUUUCUGAAGCUUUAAACGCAAAAGGAUGGAAUUUAAAUACACUUCAAUUUCCUUGCGGUAUACAUCUUUGUGUUACAUAUGUUCAUACACAGUCAGGUGUAGCAGAUCAAUUUUUAAGCGAUGUUGAAACUGAAUUAGAAGAAAUUUUAAAAAAUCCAGAAACUCCUGUUGAAGGAAAGUUUGCAAUUUAUGGUAUGAGUCAGAGUAUACCAGAUAGAAGUAUCGUUGGCGAUUUUGCAAAAUGUUUCUUAGAUUCUAUGUAUUUUACUCCUGAAAAUGAAACAAUUAGCAAUGGUCCAAAUAUUUAAAUUGAUUGCAUUAUUAUAAUAAUUUUCAUAAAGUUAAACAUAAAUUUAUAGAUAAAACAAUAGGAAAUUUAAACAAAAAUGAUAGAUUGAUUUAGGAAUUUUUUACAAUUACAUUAUUUACAAUUACAAGAUUUAAUUAUUAAAAGAUUAAAUUUAAUAGAUAUUGUGUUAUACACUAAAGAGAAAUUUAAUAACUAUAUAAAUGAAAUAAUUGAAGGAUAUAUUUUAUAUAAUACAAUAUAUUUUUAACUAUUUAAAUAUACACAUUUAUAGUACAAAACUUUAUUCUAAUCAAAAUAUAUUUUUCUUAACAAUAUUUUUACACAUUUUGUAAAAUAUAUACAUAUAUAUACAUAUGUAUACAUAUAUAUAUAUUUGUUAAUCAUGGAUUUGUAAUAAAUACAAUUACAUUUAUUUGAUACUUCUUAUAAAAUAACAUUUAAAAAUAUUUAUCUACUAUAAAUUUUAGAUAUUUUUAUUAUGUUAAUUCCAAUAUGAAAUAUGUGUAAAAUGUACUAAAUCAAUUCAAUCAUAAAAUUACUAUUUAAAAAAUUGUAUAAUUUGAUGGAAUGCAUUUCUGGUAAUGAAAUUAUUGAAAAUAAAGAAUUUAAAUAAUA